AUGACCAACUCACCGCAAUCUUCUCCCCUUGAGGUCUUGGCUGACCAAAUUAGUGCUUCGGCCAAAAUAAUCGCAGCCUUCUGUGCCUCCACGGGCCAUCCACACCCUUCCUUUGACGAUAUCAAGCUCAAUGGCCUCAAUACAUUGCCCUGCUCUGCGCCUGCUGAGAUUCAAGAGGCUCGACAGGUCAUUCUUGAGAAUGCUUACCGACUUGAGCAGCUCAUCAUCGAGCCUAACCAAUACCUGGCACGAUUGGCAGUCUACCCUCAGCAUCUUGCCGCAAUUCAAUGGCUCUGCCACUUCAAAAUCCCCUCGCUCGUCCCGAGUGAUAGCAAUAUAUCGUACCCUGAUCUCGCGGCUGCAGCCCACGUACCGCUCCACCAGCUCAAGAGUAUAACUCGCAUGGCUAUCACGGGCAACUUCCUUCAAGAGAAAGUCUUGAAUCAGGUUUCGCACAGCAAGACAUCAGCGCAUUUCGUAUCAAACCCGUCACUGUGCGACUGGGCGCUGUUCCUGGCUGAGGAUUCGGCUCCAAUGGCGCCCAAGCUGGUCGAGGCGACGCUAAAAUGGGGCGAGACAACGAAGAAGACAGAGACUGCCUUCAACCUGGCGCUGAAAACGGACCUGCCCUUUUUCGAUUAUCUCUCGAGCUCUCCGGAGUUUACCCAGCGAUUUUCCGGAUACAUGAAGAACGUGGCCAAGGGCGAGGGGACAAACAUCAAGCACUUGAUUCAGGGGUACGACUGGGCGAAUCUGGGAAACGCCACUGUGGUGGAUGUGGGUGGCUCAAGCGGCCACGCUAGCAUUUCUCUCGCGGAGAUUUUCCCGCAGCUGAAAUUCAUCGUCCAAGACCUUCCCAUGGUCAUUAAGACUUCUGUAUCCCAGGUCCCUGACGCUGUGUCCUCGCGGGUUACAUUCCAAAGUCACGAUUUCUUCACUCCGCAACCUGUGAUUGACGGAGAUGUGUACCUCCUCCGGAUGAUCUUGCACGACUGGCCCCGCGACGAAGCCCAAAAGAUCCUGUCCCAUCUGGCUGCGGCUCUGAUUCGGCUUGGUGGUCGCAUACUUGUGAUGGAUACCGUUCUUCCCAAUCCGGGUAGUGCGCCGGUUAGUGAGGAGGCGCUUCUGCGUGUGCGGGAUAUGACGAUGAUGCAGACGUUCAAUAGCCACGAGCGGGGGAUGGAGGAGUGGGAGGCACUAGUGCAGGCGGCAGACUCGACCUUGAAGAUAAUCCGGGCCAUUCAGCCUGUCGGUAGUGCGAUGACGAUUCUGGAGAUUGGCCGGGACUAG